AUGAUGUUCGGAAGGGAUCUACACAAGCACAAAGUCCUGUUAUGGCAACACGAAUACAUUGACUACGACAGACUCAAAACAGAAAUCAAGCUUGUGCGAGCUAAAUCUAAACAGAGUGAAAUUCUACCAGGAGACUGUGCAUGUAAGCUCGUCGCAAUCCUACCUACUACAAUCACGUCUAACAAUAACAUUGAACAACUAGCUGCAUUCAAGUGCAUGACCUACCAAAUCGAAAGUAUCAACCAGUUCCACAAAUACUUGUCUCACGCUAUCUGGGGCGAAGUGUCAAAGCACCAUGUUUGGCACAGCGGCCUAAAGCAUCUCGAAGACAAACCCUACUGGGAAAAAGCCAUAUAUUGGGAAGCUUCAGAUGAGCCCGAGUUGCAAUUCUUUCUGGGGUUCCUCAUCCAAUGCCGCAAUGAUUUGAAAAAGUUAUUGUGGUAUGGAAUGGUAAAUUCGUGCGGGUUUCAGAAAAUAUUGAGUAAAUUUGGCAAGUUGGAGGACGAACUUAAGCACCCUGGUUGGAUGACUGCGCGAAUUGGGGAUUUCAGGGUAAUGCUGGCAGAAGGGCUUUUCUCAGUACAAGACGAGGCUCUAUACAGAUUGAAACGAGUAGAAGUCAUGAUAGAAAUGGUUACUUACGUUUUGUCGACUGGGACUUUUACUUCGAAAUCCUCGUUGAUGGUGAACAAUCUCGCGCAAUAUUGGUAUUUUGACCUGGCGAAGAAGAAUGAUCUUGAUGAAUUGAACCUGGAUGUUGCAUGA